GCCUGAUGUGAAUCGUGCCAUCCACCCCCCUCCCCCCUCCAUCCAUCUAUCAGCGUUCCUGCAUGCUAUUAAUAGCACCCAUGUGCCAUGCGGUGAUAGCAAAGCAAUUCCGUGCAGCAAGCUUGGCAAGGACGCCCUUGUCAUCCCCAUCCAUCCUCCCUCCCCCUCACCACCAUCUUCUUCUUUUCCUAUCCCCUCCUCACCAACCCGUCACCAUAACCUUGAAUUUCCGGUUCCUCGUCUUCCUGCUUCUUGCACAUGGGUGGACUCCCCCGCAUGCCCCCGCUGCCGCACCCCCACCUGUGCCUUCCAUCCCUCAUCCUAUGAUCACCCCUUGUAUAUCUUCCUUCGUCUGUCCUCUGUCCUUCCCUCUCCUUGUGCUCUCUCCCUCCCGCUCCCCCCCGCCUCUGCCUCCUCUUUCCACGCAGAUGGGUGGACUCCCCUCCGUGCCCCCGCUGCCACACCCCCACCUGUGCCAUCCCCUGACGACAUGCUGUGGGGGGGACAGCGCGUGGAGCUGCACAGCGGGGAAGGGAGGGGAGGGAAGAGAGGGGAAGGCUGGGAGCGGAGGGGAGGGAGAGGGAGGGCGGGGUUCGGCACAGGAGGGUUAGAGGAGUACGGCGGGUUAGAGGAGUACGGCGGGUUAGAGGAGUACGGCGGGUUAGAGGAGUACGGCGGGUUAGAGGAGUACGGCGGGUUAGAGGAGUACGGCGGGUUAGAGGAGUACCCCCGCUGCCGCACUACCCCCACCUGUGCUUCCACGGCAAUGGCUCUCAGGUGCAAGCAGUGCACCACGGUGGCUCGCCUCGUGCGAUACAACGACCCUGCCAAGCUCCCGCACACCAGGGAGGGCCGUUGUGGCGAGUGGGCCAACGCCUUCACUCUCUGCUGCCGGGCUCUGGGCUAUGAUGCCAGGCAGGCAGUGGAUUGGACAGACCAUGUGUGGACUGAGUGCUACUCGCAUGCGAAGCAGAGGUGGGGCAAGAAGCUGACUUACGUGUUUGGAGUGGGGAGGUAUGGGGUUGCUGACGUCAUUCGAAGAUACACACGAAAAUGGGGUGAGCUCCAGCAUAGGCGGACAGAAGCAUCAGAGGCAGCUGUAGCAGCGGCAAUGGCGGCGGUGACAGCAAGGGCUCGAGCCAGCCUUCGUGGGGAUGAGAGGAGGCGGUUGGAGGAGAGGGAUGCUAGGGAGAGAGAGGAGCUAUGCGGAGUGAGGGGAGGAGGGGAGGAGAAAAGAGGGGAAGGAGGGGAGAGGGAUGGUGUGGUGUUGGGAGGGAGGCAGACUGGUUCUGUGGAGUGGAGAGCAGCGAGGGGGAAACUAGGGUUGGAGAGGAGGGGAGAUGGGGGGAAAGAGGGAGGGAAAGGGGAGGCUGAGGGGGUUAAAGCGGGAGUGAAAGAGGGGAAGGAUGGGAGGUUGGAGAGGAGGAUGGAGGAUGGGCAUAUGGGUGCACUGCUGCUGGGAAUUGGGGACAUGUGCUGCGAUGUUAUUGGCUCUCCAGUCACUCUUGGAUGCAGCAGCGAUGUCAACGUUCAGUGCGAGUGCAGCAACGAACGAGGCAGCAGCAAGCGUGGCAGCAGGAGAGUCCUGCUCUCCCUCCUGACUGCCAUGGGGGUUCAGAUCUGGAAAGAGGAGGGAGAGAACAAGGGGAGUGAGGGGACAGGGUGGGUGAUGGGGGUGAAGGAGUGUGAAACUCGAAGAGAAGAGGGGACGUGUGAAAAUGGGAAAGGGGGAGCAGCAGGGGUGGGAGGAUGGAGGUACGGACAAAGGGCUGUGCUAGCAGCUAUGGCAUUACAAGCAGCACAGGAGGUGCUGCCACGUGUCAAGCAGGCAUUGGAGCAGAUUCGGGCGGGGAAUGAUGGGGAUGGAGAUGCGGCACGGCUGCAGGCAUUGGUGCAGCAUGCCAGGGAGUGUGGCGGCUGGGUGUCCGCUGAUGGGGAGAGCGCUCCUAAUGAGAUGGUGAGAGGGGAUUGCGUGGUUCAACAGUCGACUCAAUGA